GCGGCGGAAGCGCCCCCCAAGUUGCAGAGGAUGAUGUGCUUGUUAGGACAUUCUUGGGGGGAUUCAAGAGGUUUUGCUGAGAUUAGUUUCUUCAUGCCUGUUCACAUGACAGAGCCUUUAUAAACCGGGGGAGUAGGUGAACUUUGUGACACACUCCUAGAGCUCGAUUGUAAAUAUAAUUUGUGCACGGUUGCAUCCGUGCGAUUCCCUUGAACCAUGGCAGCGUACGCGUUACCGGAGGGCUUCGAGGAGUUCGACAUGUUUACUUUCGGCACGGCCCUCCUGGUUGGGGGCAUGAUUGGAUUCAUCCUGAACGCCAUCACCAUAGUGGCCUACCUCCGGGUCAAGGAGAUGCGCACACCCAGCAAUUUCUUUGUGUUCAACCUCGCUCUGGCCGACCUCAGCCUCAAUAUAAACGGACUAACCGCCGCCUAUGCCAGCUAUGCAAGGCAGUGGCCGUUUGGCCAAUCAGGGUGCUCCUACCACGGUUUCCAGGGUAUGAUUUCCGUCCUGGCCUCCAUCAGCUUCAUGGCUGCCAUUUCCUGGGACCGAUACCACCAGUACUGCACCAGACAAAAGCUGUUCUGGAGCACCACGGUGACGAUGUGCUGUAUCGUCUGGGUCCUGUCCGUCUUCUGGGCCGCCCUCCCCCUGAUCGGCUGGGGGGUCUACGACUUUGAGCCCAUGAGGGUGGGGUGCACGCUGGACUACACCAUUGGAGACAGGGACUACAUAACGUACAUGCUGAGCCUGGUGGUCUUCUACCUGCUGUUCCCCGCCUACACCAUGAUGUCCUCCUAUGACGCCAUCAACAAACACUUCAGGAAAAUUCAUCUUCAGAAGUUCAACACAAAGUUGCCUUUGAGGGUAAUGUUGGCGUGCUGGGGUCCCUACGUCCUCAUGUGUGUGUACGCCUGCUUCGAGAACGUCAAGAUCGUCUCUCCGAAGCUCAGAAUGGUGCUUCCUGUGCUGGCCAAGACAAACCCGAUCUUCAACGCUCUGCUCUACUCCUUCGGAAACGAGUCCUACCGAAGUGGCGUUUGGCAUUUCCUGACCGGACAGAAAUUUGUGGAGCCGUCGUUCAAGAAGAUCAAAUGAACAAAAGUUGAAGUAUCAUUUCAAUAUAUCACAGCACAUGUCAGAGUCCGUUCAUUGAUGUCCUGCAAAAGCAAUUCAGUUAUGUUUUGGAAGCACACCAAUACAUUUCAGCUCUUUAAUACAAGUGGCGUGCCCAUUGUUGAAUAAAUCAAUACACCUAUUAACCAAACCAGCAGAAUAACUCAAUUCUCAACCGCUGUUGAAAUGCACUGAGGCUGCUAAUGUCCGUUGUCUAUUUUCACUGAUAAAAUAAAUACAUUUAAUUCCCAUGA